AAUCAUUCAGCACAUUCGCGGCAGCGAGGACGGGACGAGCGACGAGGAGCAAUUCCCCGGGGACGACCUCCCCGGGCAACUGUCCGAGAGUCAAAGCUAUCCUGAGUAAAAACGUACCCACACCAGAGUCAGGAUGGGGAUUUUGCAACACAAACCUAGGAGUUUUGUGAGUCACGCAUGACAAGUUGCACUCUGCAGUGUAGUGCAGGUUAGCAAGUGCAGCCGCAUCACAGAUUCAUCUGCUCAUCCUGUUCACAGCAUCACAAAUUCCAAAACACGAGGACUGGAAAUAGCUCUCAUGGGGAUGCGCAUUACAAGUCUUCCUGUCUUUGCGAAUCUGCAUUACAACUCUGGCGUGGGUACGUUUUUACUCAGGAUAAAAGCGCCCUGCUGGUCAUCCGGCCUCCGGACGAGCACCAGAAUGGGGAGCUGCUCACCUUUCUGAAACUGGUAAACCGCCAGUUUCUGCAGGUGUGCGCGUUCGAGCUGGCAGACGUGAAGAUGAGCAUCGAACUCCUGAUCGGCUUCGUGACCACGUUUCGAGCGGAGUCCAAACUGAAGCGCAUGAUGAAGGAAUUCACCUCCUACACCACCACACUGGUCAAGUGCCGGACUCCUGGAGGAGCUGGACGAGAUGAACGCGAGACAGCAGGAAGAUCGGCAGCCGCGCCUCCUAGAAGAACUACAGCAGCUCUUCUUGCACAGCAGCGCGACGAAAACACAAACAGUCCUGAGCAAGGUCAUGCACAACUCGCGUCCUCCAAUGUCAACACACACUGUGAAGAAUACUUCUUCACGUCCGAAAUCGCAAACAACAUGCUGUACCAGGGAAUCGGUUUGGUGGACGAGACAUCAGAGGUAGAGGACGAUCGAGAUGAUAAAAAUACGCAACGUCAUGAAAUGGUAGAAAAGAACCGGAUCAAAAACACCCUGGGGACCAAACUCGCCGAGACGAAAGGCCUGCUGCGGCGCAAGCGUAUGGCGUUCUCAAAUGUUACAUUCUCAACUGUUCCGUGAUUUGUCAUGCAAAACGAGCAUCAAUGUCCACACGGUGAAGCUACUUCGCAUGACAAAUUUUGGAAGGGCUAAACAGCAUGGGAAGCUGUGACGAACUUGCAACGCAAGAGUUACAAGAUCCGGGCUUUCCCUGUGACCAUUCUUGCAUCACACUUUCAUGUGAUGGCGAUGGCUUCGGUCCGCCUGACGCCGCGACCCGGUGGCCUGACCAUUUGCGGAAAGGUGCCCUAAAAUGGGUUGCGUUUGUGGUUUCGGUCGGUUUAGCAUCACAAAUUCGUGUAACAGUUGAGAAUGUAACAAUGAAUUGAGAAUCCCAUAACGCGGUCGGACUUCUUUGGCCGCUACAUGCACGUGGAGGCGAAGCGCUCGGCGGACGGGCCGUCGCUCUAUCCAAGAAAAAAACGUUGUUAGUGUAAAUUUGUGAUGCGCAGCAUGCAAGAUGAUUGCGUCUGUCAUGCUUGGCAUGCAUCCUAGGGCCCAUUAAAGGGUGUUUUCGCGUACUGUCUGCGCAUGACAGGUUUUUGCUGUCAUGCCAGACAAAUUUGUAAUGCUGUUCCUCCAAAAAAGUUACACCUAUAGCGUUUUUUUCUUGGAUACGCUCGAGUCCGACAUCACCACCAGGCCCGCAGAGGUGUGGAAAAUUGCGCAUCAAAGGGAAAAAUCCCCCCUCCCCAUAUCAAAGUGGAAAUCUGUGAUGCGGGAUUUGUGUACACAAAUGCGCGCUGUCUUGCAAUGCGGCAUCGCAGCCAGAUCCGCAGCCGAGGGAGGGACAUUUGGGUCUAGGUGCUUCGCAUUGCAAACGGUUGCCCUCUAGGCCCAACAGCAUGCCAAAUCGCUUCCAUAAUGGCACGGAAGCCUCUGCGUUUGUCUUCUUGCAAGACAGACGUGAUUUGUGGUCUCAAAUCAGCAAGACAAAUUUUCGGAAGGAUGCCUUUUCGAUAUGGGGAGGGGGGAUUUUUCCUCUCAAUAUUGCGUCCCGCGUGCCGGGUUCGCUCGCCUCACAACUCAUCCCCAGCAGCCCGCUCUUCGGGCGCAUGAGUCUGUCGCCGCUCCUUUUGCUACAAGAUGAAGGAGAUGGUGGUGGGGGCGAUAAAGAUAAUGAUAAAGGCAAAGGCAAAGCGACGUUCGCUUCAACGUCAUUUCCGGCUGCUGCAUCCGGGGCUAGAGCUGUGCCACUGCCACCAACAUCUUCUACUACUUCAUCACCGGAACCACGAGAAGCUCUUCUUGUGAAGAAACCCGGGCUACUUCCGGGAGUCGCG